GUGUGUGCUCUACAAUCACACAUCAGAGGAGUAUCUGGCACAUACUGAGAGUUACUUUAUUUGAAAUGCAAAGCUACUGAAGACCAGAAGUAAAGCAUUUUUGCAGGAUUUUAUUGUGUGAACAUUACUGUGCUGAAAUGGGUGGCCAGGUAACCCGUACCUCUUUAGACGGAGGAACCUUUCGAUGCCACCCUUUAAAGGUGAGCAUGUGCCAGCAGUUGCCAGCCCCCCUGCCGCUCUGUUUCCAUGCCAACACAAAAGGCUCUCAAAUAGUGAUGGACAAGACACAGCGCAGUGUGCGCCGAAUCGCCAGCUUCUGCAAUGCCAUCACCUUCACCAACCGGCCAGUCAGAAUCUAUGAACAGGUCCGACUCAAGAUCACAAAGAAACAGGGAUGUUGGAGUGGCGCCCUCCGAGUGGGUUUCUGUUCGGUGGAUCCAUCUGAUUUAAGUUCAGCAUGGCUGCCACGGUUCGCCUGCCCAGAUUUAGUUAGCGAAAGGGGAUUUUGGGCCCGAGCGCUUCCUGAGGAACAGUGUGAAGAAGGAACCAUUCUAUCCUUCUGGUUUGAUAACACAGGACGAGUGUUUUACCGGGUAAACAGCGGCCCUCCGAUCUUCUUCUUUGGCAGUGUACCAGCCGGAGAAUCGGUUUGGGCGAUCAUUGACAUUUACGGGCUGACACGUGGAGUACAGCUACUUGACAGUAAGAUGGUGCCAGCUGAAUAUCUCUGUCCUACUGUGACUCAUGAAUGCAUGGAUGAGUGGCAUCUGUCAAGCGACUGCUCUGAGCUUGACCUCCAGGAAGAUCUGCCAUCCUUCUCAAGCUCUCCAAACGCCCUCAACUCAGUGCUCUCACGUCAGCUCAACGAUGACUUGCAUUUCCACUGUGUGCAUGGCAACAGUCUGCGUCUGCUGACUGAACACAUAGCUGUGCGUUGUUAUAACAGACACGAGGAGUGCGCACUGGCGUUCACGCAUCGCCCGCUGCACUGUGGAGAAUGUGUGUUCCUAAAGGUCUCGUUGAGGUCAUCUGCUCUGAAUGGAUUUUUGUCUUAUGGAUUCACUUCCUGCAACCCAGCCCAUAUUAAUCCAAAGCACCUGCCAGUCAGUCCAGAUGACCUGCUGGACCGCAAAGAAUUCUGGGCUUUUAGGUGCCUGACUUCACCGCUUGUGGGCGGGGAUAUCAUUGGUUUCCGGGCAACUGCAGAAGGGGAGGUGCUUGUGAGCCAUAAUGGAGGGAGAGCGUGUAGAGAGAUGUGUGUCGAUAACUCCACUCCUCUGUGGAUGAUCUUCCACUUACAGUCACAUAUCAAGCAAAUCAGCAUACUGGGCACGUCCUGUGGUUACUCUCCAUCCUGUUCAGAAAUACAGAGGUCCAUCUUUAGUGACGCCAGUCACCUCUUAGCCAAUCAGAUUCACAAUACAGCAGUCAGGGGUUUUACAUACAGCUUUGAGUCCCGCCCACAGAUUCUCAGCAGUUCUGCAGGGACACCAGUGUCCUCAGAAUGUCCCAGUACCCCAUCAUGCUGUGCGAUUACUGGUGAGGAGUGUUUGAUUUGCUGUGAGAGGGCAGUGGACUCAGUGCUGUACUCAUGCGGACACAUGUGCAUUUGCUCCGUCUGUGGUGGAAAGCUAAUGGAGAUGUCAAACCCCUCUUGCCCCAUGUGUCGAAGCCCAAUCAGAGACGUCAUCAAAAUAUACCGCAGCAUGUAAACUGCAUGGAAAGUGAUUCUGAAGAGGCUCCUUCACAGGUUAUCAUCUUGUUUAAAAGGCUGCUUUUUGAGUUCAGCAAGAAAGAAGUACUAAAUGACUUAAUGUACUAAAUGUCUGACCAAAAAUGCGGAGAAAACCCAGAAGUACAGUAACUGCACAACAAUAUUAUCCCAGAUAAUAAGUCUCUAUUGCCUAUAAAUCUCUGUGGACAAAUGACUAGAUGUGCCUAAUGGGAAAUCAAGCUACUAUUAGACUAAUUCAGAUUUUUGUUUUAUAAUAUCUUACUAACCUCAUACCGUUCAAUCCAGAAUAAGAAUCUGAAAACUACAUUGUGGCAUUGAUGUGUUGGUAAACAUAUUUUUGAAAAAACUAAUAACUGUUUUACAUACCAAAGUCGACAUUCACAAUACUGUUAGUGCCAAUAAGUUUUAUUUAUGUUCGUUGUGGAAUAAAACUAUAACUGAAAUGCUAA